AUGCUCCCCAUGCUGUGCCUCUUCCAGACCCAGUAUUUCGGCGAGAUCAGCAUCGGCACCCCCGCGCAGACCUUCCAGGUGGUCUUCGACACGGGCUCGGCCAAUCUGUGGGUGCCAUCCUACAAGUGCUCCCCCCUCUACAGCGCCUGCAGUGAGUACGGGGGCACGGCCAGAAGCUGGGUGGGGGCUGGACCCCUCCACGCCCCCGCCUUCGUUAUCCGCUAUGGGACAGGGAAUGUCAAAGGCUUCCUCAGCCAGGACAUCGUCAUGGUAUCAGACAUCCCCAUCAUCCAGGUGUUUGCCGAGGCGAAUGCCGUCCCCUUCAUCUUUGCCAGGGUUGACGGGGUGCUGGGGAUGGGCUACCCCAGCCAGGCCAUCGACGGCAUCACCCCCGUCUUUGACCGGAUCCUCUCCCAGCAGAUCCUCAAGGAAGACGUGUUUUCUGUCUACUACAGCCGAGCCUCCAAGAAUGCUCCUCUGAAACCUGGGGGGGAAAUAAUCCUGGGAGGCAGCGACCCAACCUACUACACCGGGGACUUCCACUACCUGAAUGUCAGCAGAAGUGGCUACUGGCAGAUCAGCAUGAAGGGAGUGUCUGUAGGGGCUGAAAUCCUGUUCUGCAAGGAAGGCUGCUCAGUGGCUGUCGACACGGGAGCAUCCUACAUCACGGGCCCAGCUGGCCCCAUCUCCGUGCUGAUGAAAGCCAUCGGGGCAGCAGAAAUGGCAGAAGGAGAGUAUGUGGUUGACUGCGACCGAGUCCCUCAGCUGCCCAACAUCUCCUUCCACCUGGGGGGGAAGGCUUACGCGCUCAGUGGCUCAGCCUACAUCCUUCGGCAAUCCCAGUAUGGGGAGGACAUCUGUGUAGUGGCUUUCUCAGGGCUGGACAUCCCACCCCCAGCCGGUCCCCUCUGGAUCCUGGGCGCCAGCUUCAUCGGGCACUACUACACCAAAUUCGACCGGCGCAACAACUGCAUCGGUUUUGCCACGUCCCGCUGA